CUGGCGCGCGCUGCCAUGGACCGUAACCCGUCUCCGCCGCCGCCUAACUGUGAUCAGGAGGAUGAAGAGGACUUGGGUGGGGGAGACCGCAUCGGGAGCACGGUCUACAGCAAGCACUGGCUCUUCGGCGUCCUCAGCGGGCUCAUCCAGAUUGUCACACCUGAGAGUGUCACAUCUGGCUCAGAUGAUGAGGAAGAACAGGUGGAGCUUGCUGAAGAAAUGGAGAAUGAAAUUUGCAGAGUCUGGGAUAUGUCCAUGGAUGAGGAUGUGGCUUUAUUUCUCCAAGAAUUUAAAGCUCCUGACAUAUUCAUGGGAGUGCUAGCCAAAUCCAGGUGUCCCCGAUUAAGAGAAAUCUGUGUGGGAAUUUUAGGGAAUAUGGCUUGUUUCCGGGAGAUAUGUGUGUCCAUCGGCAAGUCCGAGGAUUGUGGGCAGGUGCUGCUGCAGUGCUUGUGUGACUCAGACCCACCCACCCUGCUGGAAACCUGCAGGUUGUUGCUUACUUGCCUUUCCCAGACAGAAGUGGCCAGCGUCUGGGUUAGAAGGAUCCGGGAACACCCAACUUUUUACGCUAACGUUUGCUUCAUUAUGUCGAGUUCAACAAAUGUUGACUUGCUGGUGAAGGCCGGGGAGGUUGUGGACAAACUCUUCGACUUAGAUGAAAAACUCAUGCUGGAGUGGAUUAGAAAAGGGGCUGCCCGGCUUCCGGACCAACCCCAGGAGGACUCUGAAGAGCAGCCAGUGUUUUCCAUUGUACCCUGUAUACUGGAAGCUGCCAAACAAGUGCGUUCUGAAAACCUGGAAGGGCUGGAUGUCUACAUGCACAUCUUACAGCUGCUCACCACGGUGGACGAUGGAGUCCACGCGAUCGUGCAGUGUCCUGAUACUGGGAAAGACACGUGGAGUUUACUUUUUGACCUGGUGUGCCAUGAAUUCUGCCGGCCUGAUGACCCGCCCAUCAUACUGCAGGAACAGAAGACAGUGCUAGCCUCUGUCUUCUCAGUGCUGUCUGCCAUCAGUGCCUCACGGGCCGAACAGGAGCACCUGAAGCUAGAAGAAGGGGAUCUUCCUCUAAUUGACAGCUUAAUUCGGGUGUUACAAAAUAUGGAACAUUGUCAGAAGAAACCAGAGAACCCCUCAGAGUCUGAUAUAGAAGAGCCUGCGAUCUGUGGUUCCACCCAAGAUGACUUCCAUAUGAAGAUCUUGAAGGACAUUUCGUGUGAAUUCCUUUCUAAUCUUUUUCAGGUGUUAACAAAGGAAACCGUGGCUCAGGGACUGAAGGAGGGCCAGUUAAGUAAACAGAAAUGUUCCUGUGCCUUUCGGAGCCUCCUGCCCCUCUACAGCCCUGUAGUGGACGACUUCAUUAAAGUCGUACGUGAGGUUGAUGAGGCUCUUGCUGACGACCUAGAAGGCAGCUUCCCAAGUGUGAAGGCACAGACUUAAGGCCCAAGUUGGAGCUUCUGCUGUCCAAGGAAUAAACUUGUGUUUUCUAUGGUGUGAAGUUGGCAUCUGGAUGAUGGUUUAAAUGAACAUUGUAUCAGACUUUGAUUUUGUAGUCUGCCCCAUGCCCAUCUCCUCCCACUUGUAUUUGUACUAGACACUGGUUUUACCACUGUCACCUCCCUCCCCUCCACAUUGAGCAUAUGUUACUGAUGUCUGGUUGAGGAAGAGGAAAUCCAAGCUUCUUGUUGUAGUUAAGAGACAUCAUGACCAUGACAACUCUUAUAAAGGACAACGUUUAAUUGA